CCCACAGAUGCUCAUUGAUGAGGAGUGAAGUGGAGCUGGAGCACAGCGCGGCGCGGCGGUUCUCCUCGCACCCCGGACCGGACCGCCGCCGCCGCGAGCCUCCCACUGUGACCCCACCCACCUGCGCGUGGCGACGCCGCUGCAAAGAGCCACCACUAGCGGCGUAAGCGCGAGGAGGGAGCGUCAGAGCGUCCGCAGCAUCCCCGGGCGGAUUGCGAAGAGAUACAUUGUAGCGCUGCGUGAUCGGAGCUGCUGCGUGUCUCUUCCUGCUCUGUCCUGCGUGCGCAACAUUUCGCCAAACACGUCGGAAAAUAAAUGUAAUGUGGAAGUAGAAGGUUUUUUUUUCCUCUCUCCUUUUUUCUUUUCAUUUUUUUUUUUUUUUUUUUUUUAGAAUUAGGACUGUGAGGUUUGAGAAUGGAGAGGUGGAACCCGGAGCCGGACACUCUCCCCCCCCACCUGGACCUAGCCUACAGUGAACAACAGUGACCGAACUUUAGCUCGCGACCGCUCUCGUGUCUCUCCUGGAAGCGAGAAGCGAACCAACAUGAGGACCAUUCAGCCGGUGGGAAGAGUCACAUCAGAGCGCGGCGGUGGCGUCGAAAGGACGACACCUGCCAGGGAGAUGUAGAUGCCGGACGGCGCUGGAGCAGCUGCCGGACCUUGGAGCCCCAAUUAGACCCUGACUGUCAAGAAUGAGUGGAGCGCAGAGGGGAAGACGUCCGCAACGCAGCCGACCCGCGGUCCGAAUUGUCCAGCUGCUGAGCAGGUGACGGUGCUGCGACGAUGCUGCGCUUCCCCGUGAAGAAGAUUCGGAAGCAGUUCAAACUCCUGCUGCUGCUGGUCUUGCUCACGUUCGCCGUGUGGUUCACCUACCUGCACAUCAACCAAGGCAAAGCCAUAAAGCUGCACUUCAGCUACGGGAAGGAUGGGGAGAAGCAGACGAGCGGGACGGAUGCCAGCCAGAGACGGGACUCGCGCCCCUCGUCCGGACACCGCAGGAAGGAGGAGGCCGGCGACAGUCGCGAGGACGAAGUCGUGGAGGACGAAUCCGAUGGCCUCGGAGAGGAGCCUCGGAACCUCACCGAGAUGAGGAAGUUCCUAAGGCUGAAGCAUACAAGGUUGCCAUGGAAACCGGAGUACAAAGGCCAGGCCAACCUGCACGUGUUCGAAGACUGGUGCGGCGCCUCGGUGGAUCAGCUCAGAAAGAACCUCCACUUCCCGCUCUACCCUCAUACGAGGACGACGCUGAAGAAGCUGGCCGUGGCACCCAAGUGGAAGAACUACGGCCUGAGGAUCUUCGGCUUCCUCCACCCGUACAAAGACGGAGACUUCCAGUUCGCCAUCGCCUCCGACGACAACUCCGAGUUCUGGCUGAGCCCUGACGACAACCCCCUCAACGCCCGGAUGCUGGUCUACGUGGGACGGCUGGGCUCCGAGUGGACGGCUCCCGGGGAGUUCACCAAGUUCCGGUCACAGUCCUCCAAGGCUGUUCACCUCAUCUCCUCCAGGCGGUAUUACUUUGAGGUUCUGCACAAGCAAGAUGACAAGGGUUCGGACCAUGUGGAGGUUGGGUGGCGCCCUUUCCUGCCCGGCCUGAAGUACGAGGUCGUCGACUCCGCCCACAUCUCCUUGUACGCAGACGAGUCGGGCCUGAAGAUGAAUAGUGUGGACCACAUCCCCCAGACGCCGGCCAGCCAUAGCCGCAACCCCGCAGACCCCCCCGCCGGUGGCCCCCACGGUGCCGACAUGCUGAGGCCGGACCCCCGCGACACCUUUUACCGCACGCCCAUGAUCGAGUCGUCCCGCCUGGAGAACGUCCUGCCCGCCUGCCUCUACUCUCCCACCUACGUGGUGAAGGACUUCCCCAUCGCCCGCUACCAGGGCCUGCAGUUUGUGUACCUGUCCUUCGUCUUUCCCAACGACUUCACCAGGCUCACUCACAUGGAGAAGGAGAACAAGUGUUUCUACAGGGAGUCGCCAAUUUACCUGGAGAGGUUCGGCUUUUACAAGUACAUGAAGAUGGACGAGGAGGACGACGGGCCCUUCGUCUUCCCUAACCCGGACGACUUUUUGGAGGAGGAGGAAGGGGUGGACCCCGAGGAGGAGGAGGAGCAGGCGGUUGCCAUGGAGCGGCAGCGGGCGAGACGCAGGCCCGGCCCGAGUCAGCCGAGCCGCCCCCACGGCAGGUCGGCGCCCCCGACGACAGCCGACCGGGACGCGCAGGGCGCAGGCGGUCCGCCGCUCGGUCGGCGGCGGAGGCGGUUCUUCCAGCCAACGGAGCGACGAACGGGCCGUGGCCGGGAAGUGCCGGAAAAGGCGGUGGGCGGGGCUAGGGAGUUCGAGCCCGCCCUCAGCGUGGUGCGCGCCCGCUCCCUGGCGUGGAUCCGCACCGGGCCGGACCGGGCAGCGAGGAGGGGAGGUGCCGAGACUCCCCCCAGACUGAGCAAGUCGGCUCUUCUGUUCCCCCAGAGAAGCUCCCUGGCGGCGCUCAGCAACCGAGCCUGGCGGGCCCUCAGCAACUCCGCCCACACGGGCCGAGAGCGAGGUGACAGCCUCGGCUCCUCGCUCACCGACAAAGACCGCGGUAAGAAUGACAACAAGAUCUAUAUCACCCGGCCGCGCCCGUCCGCGGUCAGGAGGAGCGCUGCCCCCCGCCAGCCCAGGGAGGUGUUCCCAGGAGUCUUCCUGUACCAGAAUGGCAAGAGCACCAAGCUGGUGAACCUGAGCGCCAAACCGCGGGGCGGUAAGGCGUUGCUGUGGCCCAAACCCCCCUUUAGGGACAGCAGGGCAGCCUCGUCCAACAGCAGCAUCACCUGGAACGCUGCAGCGCACAAGGUAGCGAGGCACCUCCAGAGGCAGAGGGGUCAGGAGCCGGAAGCGUCGCCCACCCGGAGCAGCACCGCGGCGUCUUUCUUCCGCAGCAGGGACCGUCCUCGGCCCACUGCGGUCGCCGGACCCAACUCCUCGGAGAGCGCGCUGUCCCCAGAGGCCCGGGUCACUUCCUACAUGAGGACGUCGGAAAUCACGGAAUCCAGGCUGCCACCGCAAUCCAAUCAGGAGCGGGGGGCGGAGCAGGAGGCGGAGCCGGAGGAGGGGGGUCUGUCCGACUACACGUACGAGGAGGCGGAGCCGCGGCCCGGUUGGGCCGAGGACGCCAUCAACUGGCAGCGCACCUUCUCCGUCAACACGAUGGACUUCGAGUUGCUGCGCUCCGACUGGAACGACCUGCGCUGCAACGUGUCGGGCAACCUGCAGCUGGCCGAGAGCGAGGUGGUCGACGUGCUCUCGCAGUACAUGGAGAAGCUCAACGAGCGCAACGGCGGGAUCUACACCCUGCUGCGCAUCAUCAACGUGGAGAAGCGGCGCGACUCGGCACGUGGGAACCGCUACCUGGUGGAGCUCGAGCUCAUGGAGCGCGGCAAACGGGUCGUUCGCCUCUCCCAGUACAUCUACCUCCUGCUGCACCGCGGUCGCCUUGAGGACAGUCUGGAAACCGUCUCUGGCCCCGCCCUCACCACUGUGGCCCCGCCUGCCGCACCCCGCCCCAGCGCCCGAGGCGCCACCCAGUGGAGCACCGCCUACACGCGGCCCCUGCUCUGCCAGCCCGUUAUGCUGCAGUGGAGGCACGAUGUGAUGGUGCACUUCGUGGUGCCAGUGAAAAACCAGGCGCGCUGGGUACAGCAGUUCAUCUCUGACAUGGAGCUCCUGCACCGGGAGACCAAGGACGAAAACUUCAGCAUCAUCAUCGUGGACUUCCAGAGCGAGGACAUGGACGUGGAGCAGGCCCUGCGCGACAGCACCGUGCCCAGGUACCGGUACCUGCGGCGCGAAGGCAACUUUGAGCGCUCGGCAGGCCUGCAGGUGGGAGUCGACACCAUUGAGGACAGCCACAGCAUCGUGUUCCUGUGCGACCUCCACAUUCACUUCCCCCACAACAUCCUGGAGAGCAUCCGGAAGCACUGCGUCGAGGGUCGCUUGGCCUACGCCCCCAUCGUCAUGCGGCUCGGAUGUGGGAGCUCGCCCCAGGAGCCCGACGGGUACUGGGAAGUGAAUGGCUUCGGCCUCUUCGGCAUCUACAAGUCAGACUUUGACAAAGUCGGGGGUAUGAACACGGAGGAGUUCAAGGACCGAUGGGGUGGGGAGGACUGGGAGCUACUGGACAGGGUCCUGCAGAACGGCCUGGAGGUGGAGCGUCUCCGCCUGAGGAACUUCUUCCACUACUACCACUCCAAGCGGGGCAUGUGGAACGCCCAGGCCAGGAGGGGCCCCAAGGGCUAGCCCCCAGGUGGGACGGCGUGACCGGAACCCGGGACCGUCCAGCACCCGGGACCCCCGGACCAGGCUCCUGGGAGCUGCAGUCCUUAAAGCAAAACGCUUCUCUUGCUAAGAGCGAAGGCGUAAAGAAACUGGACAAACGCUGCUUUGUUUGCCGAGAGGAGCGGAUGGUUUCCACGGCGGCGACGACCGCGCACGCUUUCGCCAGUUCCUGCGAGCGCAGGAAACGGACCGCGGUUCUACCAGUGACAUUUGGAAGGAAGCAGGGUGUGAGAAACACGAGAGUGCGGCUGUGGACGGCGUCUGGAUCGGACUCGGUGGAAGAUGCUCAGGUGGAGCUGCACACGGGAAACACAAACGUGCAAACGCACUCCACGCUGCCCGCUCUGUCACUGUAGUCGGUCACUGCGUUCGCUCGCCUGAAGGGUGUUCGGUGGUACCUUCCCUUUACUUUUCCUCCCUCUUCCAUGUCGCUGCGUUGCCGUGGCAACGUCACCGAAGGAGGCGGUCCUUCGCCAGUUAUACCUGAGUAGGUGUGGCUGCAUGGCGCUGUCAGAGGUCUGUGCUGCUCUCGGGGAGACCAGCGACUGAGAUGACUUUGUGUCCUUUCCCCGAUUCGGUCCCACAUGCAGACGUGCCCCCCCAUGCCCAACCCCACCCAGGGACCCCUGCCAGUGUAGAUGAUGUAGCAGGAACCUAGCAGCUGUGACAAGCAGGGCACUGACAGCCAGGGAUCCAGCUCUAUUUGUGCUCCAGCAGUACUGUGGUGGACGCAAGGUGGCGCAGUGGUUAAGAGCACCGAGGUCACGACCCCGGAGGCGAACAUGGGUUCGAGCAGCCCCGGUGAGAACAUCCAGGUGUGUCCGGGUGCUGUGCCGCGAGGUGCUUUGGAUCAUGUCAGAUUAGAGAUGAAAUAAUGAUGCGUGGGCACACCGCCCACCUCCGUCCCAGCUGCAGGGUCGAGUGGGCAGAGCGGGCGCGCUCCGGGGCGUCGGCCGACAUACUCGACAGGUGCCGUUGCGGAGGAACCGGUUUUACCUGUUGAUCGAGGUAUUUCGUGUGCGCCACGGAGGUUGCUCUCUCUCUCUGUUGUGGACGCCAAAGGGUUACUGACAUUUUUUUCGGGUCGAACGCGUGAACCCUGUGUGACGACCGAAUGCGGCUGCGGGAAUUCACUCUCAAUUGCCUCGAAACCCCCCAUCCCCCAUCCCCCCAUCCUAAGGUCCCACAAACGAGACUCGGUUCGUCCACAGAGAGUAAACAGCCGGGGAAAAAAAAAAACAAAGUCUGGAAUUUACGUUACAAGGAUAAUUUCUGUGAAAUUGUUUUGUAGAGAGCUUUCAGAAUGUACUCUUUUUUUUUCCCACUGAUUUGGUUCUCUUUGAAAAUAAAAUUUUAAGCUAAA